AGCCCAGCGCCGCUCGCUGCCGCGGGCUCGCCGUGGCCGUCCCAGCCCCCUGCUCCGUCCGCGGCUUGGAAUUAUCCCCAUUAUGCGCUUGUCUUGGCGGGGAGGAAAUUCGGGAUCGCUGCCUUGAACUUUAGGCUGCAGAAAUGAGGGUUUACGAUGGGCCUUUCGGGAGUUUGUUCCUCGGUGUCGGUCGGUUUUCGUCUCGCGUUGGAAAGGUUGUUUAGGAAUUCAGAGCGGAGUUAGCAGGCACUGUUCGCUGCAGGCUUCAGGGCAGGCGGUGUCUGCAUGGCUGAACGAUGGGAUUUUGGCAGGGAAGCCCUGGAGUGGCUCUGUAAGGAGGGUAGAGCAUGCCUCAAAAGCACCGAGCCGGCCGUGGAGGUCAACUGUAUUACUAGAGAGGAGGAGAGCUGUGGAAAACUCAAGGGGAAGCCCUCCCUCGGCAGUGUUGAAGCAUGAGUGCUGAUGCCAGCCAGGUGGUGAUCACGACUCCUCCCGCGGCCACGAUGCCUCACAAAGAGCGGUACUUCGAUCGCAUCAAUGAGAAUGACCCGGAGUAUAUCCGGGAGAGAAACAUGUCCCCUGACCUGAGGCAGGACUUCAACAUGAUGGAGCAGAGGAAGAGGGUCACCCAGAUACUGCAGAGCCCUGCUUUUAGAGAAGAUCUGGAAUGCCUUAUUCAGGAACAGAUGAAGAAGGGCAAUAACCCCACUGGACUGCUUGCGUUACAGCAGAUUGCUGAAUACAUUACAGCGAGCACUUUCACAGGUUUUUCCUCGUCUUCACUCAGCCAUGGAAUGAUUACACCCAUCAAUGACCUACCUGGGGUAGAUACAUCCUCGUUUGUUAAGGGAGAAAAACUUACUCGUUGCAAGUUAGCCAGUUUAUAUAGAUUGGCUGACUUGUUUGGGUGGGCACAUUUGCCAAAUACCUACAUCUCAGUAAGAGUAAGCAAAGAACAUGACCACAUUCUAAUCAUUCCAAGAGGGCUGUCCUUCUCUGAAGCUUCAGCUUCUAAUUUGGUCAAAGUGAACAUCCUCGGAGAUGUGGUGGACCAGGGCAGCACAGCUCUCAGUAUCGACAGCGUGGGCUUCAGUCCACACGUGGCCAUCUACUCCACCCGCCCCGACGUCAGAUGUGUCAUACACAUACACACCCCGGCCACGGCUGCUGUUUCUUCUAUGAAGUGUGGCAUCCUUCCCAUAUCACAAGAGGCUCUGAUUCUUGGAGAUGUUGCUUAUUACAAUUACCAGGGAUCUCUUGAUGAACAGGAAGAGAGAAUUCAACUUCAAAAAGUUCUGGGACCCAGUUGCAAGGUCUUAGUCUUGAGAAACCAUGGUGUGGUAGCACUAGGAGAGACACUGGAAGAAGCAUUCCACUAUAUUUUCAAUGUGCAACUGGCCUGUGAAACGCAGGUCCAUGCAUUAGCUGGAGCAGGUGGAAUAGACAAUCUCCUACUACUGGAUCUGCAGAAGUUCAAGCCUUCCACACACGCCGUGGCAGCAAUGGGAGGAGGUGGAGUUAAUAUGGCUUCACAACAAAAAUGGAAAGUUGGGGAGCAAGAAUUUGAAGCACUCAUGAGGAUGCUGGACAACCUGGGAUACAGAACUGGCUAUGCCUAUAGGCAACCAUUAGUCAGGGAAAAACCCAGACAUAAGAGUGAUGUUGAGAUCCCAGCCACUGUGACUGCCUUUUCCUUUGAAGAUGAUACAGUCCCACUUUCCCCCCUGAAAUUCCUUGCACAGAGGCAACAGAGAGAGAAGACAAGAUGGCUUAACUCUCCAAACACAUACUUGAAAGUUAAUGUGCCUGAGGAGUCCUGGAACGGGGAAACCAGUCCCAGGACUAAGAUCACGUGGAUGAAAGCUGAUGACUCCUCCAAGACUAGUGGAGGAACACCAAUCAAAAUUGAAGACCCAAACCAAUUUGUUCCUCUAAACACAAACCCAAGUGAAGUGUUGGAAAAGAGAAAUAAGAUAAGGGAGCAAAACCGAUACGACCUAAAGACAGCGGGACCUCAGUCUCAGCUGCUCGCAGGGAUUGUCGUGGAUAAAAAGCCAAGUUCACCAGUGCAGUUUGAUGAUGAGCACGCGCCGCCGGCACCACCCAACCCGUUCAGCCACCUCACCGAGAAGGAGCUGGAAGAGUACAAGAAAACCAUUGAGCGCAAGCAGCUGGGGUUGGAAGAAAAUCAUGAGGAUUUCUACACCCAGAAUGCCAACCUAAUAUCUGUGGAGAUGCCAGUUGUGGUGGUGAACGGGAAGGAAGAUGCACACGACGUGGAGGAAGAUCUCACCAGGGGGGUCAGUCAGUUAACUAUGAGUACUGUGGAGAGCGUAGAGAUUACCAUUAAGGGCUCUGAAAAGAUAGAAGAGGCCCUGUCCCCUGAAGGGUCGCCUUCCAAAUCCCCUUCAAAGAAAAAGAAGAAAUUCCGCACCCCAUCCUUCCUGAAAAAGAGUAAAAAGAAGGAGAAGGUGGAAGUGUAAGUGCAGUUCUGUUGUGAGGGGACGUUGCACAUUUUAAACGUUUCAGUUGACCAUUAACAGCGUAGUGGUAGGGGUGUGCGGUAACUGGACUUUUAACCUAAACAAGUAGAAACUGGAAGAGGUUUUGCUUUAAAGAAACCAAACGAAGAGACAAACAAACGAAAAAAAAACCUUUCAUGUUAAUUGUAAAUUAAUUCAUCUCUCACUUAGCUGUGUCCGAAAUUGCUAUGAGGGUUGGAAACGUUGAUUAGUUUCGUGUAGAACUACACUGGCAGGUGCUCAAUUACCGUCAUAGCGAGGUCAAACACCAUCACAGUAUGCAGCAGCAAAUUCUGCCUGGAGUAUUUUGCAGACCUGAAAAUUUUCAGUACAGUAAAGUCUUUAUUAAAGUUGCUGUUGAGUGAUCAUACAACUUUUUAAAACUGCUGUCUCAUUUGGAAACCAGAUCAUACAUUUUUGUAUUGUGGUUUUUGACCAUAUAUUUUGUGUUUCUGUACCCCUAUUUGAUUGGGUACGUAUUAACAGCACACCUUUACAUCUUUUUUAAGAUUAGCUCAUAUAGAAAUAUUAUACACUGGCACAUAAUACUAGGGAAAAAACUGUGUAAGAGAAAGUUUAUUUGGAAUUAUACAAAAUGUCUAAAGAAUUCCAUUAUUCAAUAACUUUUUUGCCAAAUAUUUCAUUUUAGUGAAAUAUAAUUUUUGAAAACUUGUUUUUUAUUCUAUCAGUUGGGGCGGGGGAAACCCUUAUUUUUCAAGAAGGGGGAUUUUAUACACUUAACAUUGAUAAUUUAGUUUAACUGGCAAAACAAAAAGAAGAUUUUAUAUGUUCAAAUGUUUGUAUACCAUUCAGUAUAAAGGUAUUAUAAGCAUGUGAACCAAGCAUUUAAUAGUUAGAGUGUAUUUAAGAAUGCUUGGUUUAGAGUAUACUUAAAUAUAAUUCAGGAAUCCAGGGACUUCAAAAUCAAAGGAUAAAAGCAUAUAAAAUUGAACUGGAUUCAUGUUUAAAAUUUAUUUGUGGGUUGUUCUUUUUCUCUUUCAUGGUAUUGCUAAUGAAUGAAGAAAAAUAAUCUCAUAACAUAACCAAAUGAAGGAAACAAAAAUGUUAAAAGGGAAAGUGAAAUAGUAGGGAAAUAGGAGGAGACAAAGAAAGUAAAAGUUUGGUGAUUAUUUUUUUUAAAUAUAUGAUAUGGAUUGCGGAAUAUUUUUAUUAAAUCAGCAGAGUGACAUUUCCAUAUUAGAGGUUUUUAAUAAUUUGUAUGGAUUCAUGCAGAGUGCAACACUUUGGGUUUUUUCUGCAGUUUCAUUCAAAUCGUAAAAGGGUCUCGUGAAUCUGUGUUGUCCUUUGGAUGAACCCAGAGCAAAUCAGAGCCUAGUGCCAUGGGUAAGGGGGGUACUGCCACUUACUCAUUUUUACUUGUAUUGUCAUUUUAGUACUUUUACUGUAUUGUAAAUACAAACUAAACAUAGAAAUUAACAUAGGGGUUUCUUCGCUGUGUCAAAUGUCUGUAAAUCAGUCAUCACAAUAGGAAGUACAUCUUUUAAGAUCCAUGUGAUUCCCAAAUUACCGGUUGAAAUAUUAUACCGUAUGUAAUUGUUAAAUAUGGCUGGAGAGUGGUUUGGCAUGCAAAAAUGUUGAUUAUAGCAUGUUCGGGGGCUGGUUAGCUUUGACCGUGUAAGUGUGAUAAUGCAAUGUUGGAAUGGAUCCUGGAAACAAUUUUCUAGCUGUCACUAAAUACUGGAAUCAGUGUUUUUAAUCAUAGUGGAAACUUUCAGUUGCUUACUUUGUUUUUUAUGUUCUACAUUAUUUGUGUUGUAUUACAACAUAUGUAGAAACAGUAACCUGUGAACUACGCUUUUCAUAACUUUUUUAAAAAUAUAUCUAAAUGAAUGCAAUGUGCAUAAAUAUUUUUUAAACUGCAACCGUGAACUAUUUGCACCUUUUGCUAAUGCCUCUAUUUACUUGCUUUGGCAUAAAGAAUGAGCCAGCCAACUCUUGUGUCCUGUGGAAAAUAUAUAAAUGUUAUCUGAAAUUGCUCAUAGAUGUAAUGCUAAUUAAUGUUAAAUCACAAAUAAACAGUAUUUUAAAUAGA